AUGGGAAAGAAUCAGUACAAUGAAGCAGUGUCUGCUGCUGCUGCAUUUACAGUGCGUGCAGUUCGGAGAGUUUUGCUUCGGAAGAGAUUUGGUCUCACACUGGACUACAUGACCCAUCACACAUGGGGUUUGGUGCCUGGACUAAAGCAAAGUGAAGCAAAUGCGGAUACAAAGGAGAAGCUUCCAUUGCGUCUACGCAUCUUUGAAAAAUUUCCAAACAGGCCACAAAUGGUGAAAAUCUCCAAGCUUCCUUCAGAUUUCACAGUUCCAAAAAUAAGGGAAAGUUUUAUGAAGCAGUUUAUUGAUCGCCAGCAACAAGAUACCAGCUGUUUGCUGCGAAGGCUUCCUUCAGCAUCUUCUUCCUCGUGUGACCACUCUAAAAGAUCAGCAAUUGAAGAAAACAAAUAUAUUGAUCAAAAGCUCCGUAAAUCUGUUUUCAGCAUCAGAGCAAGAAAUCUUCUGGAAAAAGAGACAGCAAUCAAUAAAAUUCUAAGAGCCUGCACUAGACAACGCAUGCUGAGCGGAUCCUUUGAGGGGCAGCCUGCAAAGGAAAGGUCAAUACUCAGUGUCCAGCAUCAUAUACGACAAGAACGCAGGUCACUGAGACAUGGUUCCAACAGCCAGCGAAUCAGCAGAGGAAAAUCUCUUGAAACGUUGACUCAAGAUCACUCCAACACAGUGAGGUACAGAAAUGCGCAGAGAGAAGACAGUGAGAUAAAGAUGAUCCAAGAAAAAAAAGAACAAGCUGAAAUGAAAAGGAAAGUUCAGGAAGAGGAGCUGCGAGAGAAUCAUCCAUAUUUUGAUAAACCACUUUUCAUAGUUGGUCGCGAGCACAGAUUCCGGAAUUUCUGCCGAGUAGUGGUACGAGCGCGCUUUAAUGCUUCUAAAACAGAUCCUGUUACUGGAGCUGUGAAAAAUACCAAAUACCAUCAGCUUUAUGACUUGCUGGGUUUGGUUACUUACCUGGACUGGGUCAUGAUCAUUGUUACUAUAUGCUCCUGCAUUUCCAUGAUGUUCGAAUCCCCCUUUAGAAGAGUUAUGCAUGCUCCAACACUCCAGAUUGCUGAAUAUGUUUUUGUAAUAUUCAUGAGCAUUGAGCUUAAUCUGAAGAUUAUGGCAGAUGGCUUGUUUUUUACACCAACAGCUGUCAUUAGGGACUUUGGAGGAGUUAUGGACAUAUUUAUAUAUCUUGUGAGUUUGAUAUUCCUGUGCUGGAUGCCUCAGAACGUCCCUGCCAAAUCUGGAGCUCAGCUCUUAAUGGUACUCCGCUGCCUCCGACCUCUUCGAAUUUUCAAACUGGUCCCUCAGAUGAGGAAAGUGGUGCGAGAGCUGUUCAGUGGCUUUAAGGAAAUCUUCUUGGUUUCUAUUCUUUUGCUGACAUUAAUGCUUGUUUUCGCAAGCUUUGGAGUGCAGCUGUUUGCUGGAAAACUGGCUAAAUGCAAUGAUCCACACAUCAUCUCUAGGGAAGAUUGUCAUGGCAUCUUCAGAAUAAAUGUAAGUGUUUCUAAAAAUCUCAAUUUAAAGUUAAGACCUGGAGAGAAAAAGCCUGGAUUUUGGGUGCCACGAGUCUGGGCAAAUCCUCGGAAUUUUAAUUUUGACAAUGUGGGGAACGCAAUGCUGGCACUAUUCGAAGUUCUUUCAUUAAAAGGCUGGGUGGAAGUCAGAGAUGUUAUUAUUCAUCGCGUUGGACCAAUUCAUGGAAUCUACAUUCAUGUUUUUGUAUUCCUUGGCUGCAUGAUUGGACUGACCCUUUUCGUUGGAGUUGUCAUUGCUAAUUUCAAUGAAAACAAGGGGACAGCUUUACUGACUGUAGAUCAGAGACGAUGGGAAGAUCUGAAAAGCAGACUGAAGAUAGCACAACCUCUUCAUCUCCCACCUCGUCCGGAUAACGAUGGCUUUAGAGCUAAGAUGUAUGAUAUAACUCAGCAUCCAUUUUUUAAGAGAACUAUUGCUGUACUUGUUCUGGCCCAGUCUGUGUUGUUAUCAGUUAAGUGGGAUGCUGCAGAUCCAGUGACUGUGCCUUUAGCAACAAUGUCCGUUGUUUUCACCUUCAUUUUUGUCCUUGAGGUCACAAUGAAGAUUAUUGCCAUGUCACCUUCUGGCUUCUGGCAAAGCAGAAGAAAUCGGUACGAUCUCUUGGUGACAUCUCUUGGAGUUAUAUGGGUGAUACUUCACUUUGCCUUACUGAAUGCAUACACAUACAUGAUGGGGGCAUGCGUAAUUGUCUUCAGGUUUUUCUCAAUUUGUGGGAAACAUGUGACACUAAAAAUGCUACUCCUGACUGUGGUUGUCAGCAUGUACAAGAGUUUCUUCAUCAUAGUAGGAAUGUUCUUACUGCUUCUUUGUUAUGCUUUUGCUGGAGUGGUUUUAUUUGGUACAGUGAAAUAUGGAGAGAACAUUAACAGACAUGCAAAUUUUUCAUCAGCUGGAAAGGCUAUUACUGUACUCUUCAGAAUAGUUACUGGAGAAGACUGGAACAAAAUUAUGCAUGACUGCAUGGUUCAACCUCCAUUUUGUACACCAGAUAACAGCACCUACUGGAAAACAGACUGUGGAAAUUAUGCUGGUGCUCUUAUGUAUUUCUGUUCAUUUUAUGUCAUAAUUGCAUACAUCAUGCUAAAUUUGCUUGUUGCUAUCAUUGUGGAGAAUUUCUCAUUGUUUUACUCAACUGAAGAAGACCAACUUUUAAGUUAUAAUGAUCUUAGACAUUUUCAAAUUAUAUGGAAUAUGGUUGAUGACAAAAGAGAG